GCGCUCUCCGCCCGGCUGGCGCUCUAGUGCCGCCGGCGCCUCAUCGGCUGCUGUGGACACCGGGAGCUUUCCGGUGAGCCCGAUCCAGCGCAGGUAGCCUGUGGAGCCGUUUGGCCCCGCCAAGGCCCCCGAGGCCCACUUUCCCUGUCGUUGGCCGUCAGCCAGCAGGCCUGGCCGCUGUACCGCGAGGAGAACACCUCCUCAGGGCCAUGCCCAGGCCGAGUAGCGUCUCCCAGCGGCCGUCGGCUCCUGGAGGGGGCGGCGGUAGCGGCCCGGCGCCGUGUGGCCCUGCGGGAGGCGGCCGGGCCAAGGGGCUGAAGGACAUUCGUGUAGACGAGGAGGUGAAGAUCGCGGUCAAUAUCGCUCUGGAGCGUUUCCGAUACGGGGACCAGAGAGAAAUGGAAUUUCCUUCUUCUUUGACCAGUACGGAAAGAGCCUUUAUUCAUCGAUUGAGUCAGUCUCUUGGUUUGGUUUCUAAAAGUAAAGGAAAGGGAGCAAGUAGAUACCUAACUGUGAAGAAGAAAGAUGGAUCAGAAACAGCUCAUGCAAUGAUGACCUGUAAUUUGACUCAUAAUACAAAACAUGCUGUUAGGAGCCUAAUUCAAAGAUUUCCUGUCACCAGUAAAGAGCGUACUGAACUUCUGCCUAAAACAGAAAGAGGAAAUGUGUUUGCAGUUGAAGCUGAAAACCGGGAAAUGAGCAAGACAAGUGGGCGACUCAACAGUGGCUUAUCUCAGAUUCCAGUGAAAAGAGGAGAAUCUGAAUUUGAUUCUUUCAGGCAGUCUCUGCCAGUGUUUGAGAAACAAGAAGAAAUUGUUAAAAUAAUUAAGGAAAAUAAAGUAGUUUUGAUUGUAGGAGAAACUGGGUCUGGAAAGACUACACAGAUUCCUCAGUUCCUUUUAGAUGAUUGCUUUAAAAAUGGUAUCCCCUGCCGUAUAUUUUGUACUCAACCAAGACGAUUAGCAGCUAUUGCUGUGGCUGAAAGAGUUGCUGCAGAGAGAAGAGAAAGGAUUGGUCAGACAAUUGGGUAUCAGAUCCGUUUAGAAAGCAGGGUUUCUCCAAAGACACUUCUGACGUUUUGCACCAAUGGGGUACUGCUUCGUACUCUGAUGGCAGGAGAUAGUUCAUUGUCAACCGUGACACAUGUUAUUGUGGAUGAAGUACAUGAAAGGGAUCGGUUUAGUGAUUUUUUACUUACAAAGUUAAGAGAUUUGUUGCAGAAGUACCCAACUUUGAAACUAAUUCUUUCUAGUGCUGCCUUAGAUGUAAACCUUUUUAUGAGAUAUUUCGGGAGUUGUCCAGUGACAUACAUACAGGGAAGACCAUUUGAAGUAAAAGAAAUGUUUCUGGAAGACAUUUUAAGAACUACUGGAUACACAAACAAAGAAAUGUUAAAAUACAAAAAGGAAAAACAACGAGAAGAAAGACAACAAACCACACUUACAGAAUGGUACUCAGCUCAAGAGAAUACUUUCAAGCCUGAAUCUCAGAGACAGAGAGCUGUCCCAAAUGUAACUGAAGAAAAUGAUUUAUUGGAUGAUGGUGGUGAUGCCGCCUUCAGUCAGUUGACAGAAAAAGAUGUGAAUUGCCUUGAACCAUGGUUAAUAAAGGAAAUGGAUGCUUGUCUUUCUGACAUAUGGCUGCGUAAAGAUGUUGAUGCCUUUGCUCAGGUCUUUCACCUUAUUUUAACUGAAAAUGUUAGUGUGGAUUACAGACAUAGUGAAACCAGUGCAACAGCUUUGAUGGUUGCUGCAGGACGAGGUUUUUCAAGUCAAGUAGAACAGUUAAUUAGUAUGGGAGCCAAUAUUCAUAUUAAAGCAUCAAAUGGCUGGAUGGCUUUAGAUUGGGCUAAACACUUUGGACAGACUGAAAUUGUGGAUCUUCUAGAAUCUUACAGUGCUUCAUUGGAAUUUGGAAAUUUAGAUGAAAGUUCUUUGGUUCAAACAAAUGGGAGUGAUCUCAGUGCAGAAGACAGAGAGCUCCUGAAAGCUUAUCAUCAUAGUUUUGAUGAUGAAAAAGUAGACUUGGAUUUGAUCAUGCAUCUUCUAUACAAUAUCUGCCAUAGUUGUGAUUCUGGUGCAAUAUUGAUUUUCCUGCCUGGAUAUGAUGAAAUUGUUGGUCUGAGGGAUCGCAUCCUGUUUGAUGACAGGCGGUUCGCUGACAAUACUCAUAGGUACCAAGUCUUUAUGCUUCAUUCAAAUAUGCAAACAUCUGAUCAAAAGAAGAUAUUAAAAAACCCACCUGCAGGUGUUCGAAAAAUAAUCCUUUCCACCAAUAUUGCUGAAACCAGCAUCACAGUCAAUGACGUUGUCUUUGUUAUUGAUUCUGGUAAAGUGAAAGAGAAAUCCUUCGAUGCACUGAAUUUUGUUACAAUGUUAAAAAUGGUGUGGAUUUCCAAAGCUAGUGCCAUACAGCGAAAAGGCAGGGCAGGGCGAUGCAGACCUGGAAUUUGUUUCCGGCUGUUCAGUAGACUUCGAUUCCAGAAUAUGUUGGAAUUUCAGACUCCAGAACUUUUGAGAAUGCCAUUACAGGAACUUUGUUUACAUACCAAGCUCUUAGCCCCAGUUAAUUGUCCUAUUGCUGAUUUCCUUAUGAAAGCUCCUGAACCUCCACCAACUUUAAUUGUAAGAAAUGCUGUGCACAUGCUUAAGACAAUAGAUGCAAUGGAUGCAUGGGAAGAUCUCACUGAACUUGGAUAUCAUUUGGCUGACUUGCCAGUAGAACCACAUCUUGGUAAAAUGGUCCUAUGUGCUGUGGUGUUAAAGUGUCUGGACCCCAUCCUUACAAUUGCCUGCACACUAGCCUAUCGAGAUCCUUUUGUCCUGCCAACGCAGGCCUCUCAAAAACGUGCAGCUAUGCUUUGUAGGAAACGUUUCACUGCAGGGACUUUCAGUGACCACAUGGCACUUCUCAGAGCAUUCCAGGCAUGGCAGAAGGCUCGAAGUGAUGGGUGGGAGCGAGCCUUUUGUGAAAAGAAUUUUCUUUCACAAGCUACUCUGGAAAUAAUCAUAGGCAUGAGAACUCAGUUGCUUGGUCAACUUAGAGCAUCAGGUUUUGUGAGAGCACGAGGUGGUGGUGACAUUCGAGAUGUUAACACAAAUUCUGAGAACUGGGCUGUCGUUAAAGCUGCAUUGGUUGCAGGCAUGUAUCCUCAUUUAGUCCACGUGGACAGAGAGAAUGUAGUAUUGACAGGGCCAAAGGAGAAAAAAGUACGGUUUCAUCCCACUUCAGUUCUCAGUCAGUCUCACUAUAAAAAGAUUCCUCCAGCUAAUGGUCAAGCUGCAGCAAUUCAGGCACUGCCCACAGAUUGGCUUAUUUAUGAUGAAAUGACCAGAGCUCAUAGAAUAGCUAAUAUUAGAUGUUGUUCAGCAGUGACACCUGUCACUGUAUUGAUAUUUUGUGGACCAGCUAGGUUGGCAAGUAAUGCUCUUCAGGAACUUUCAUCUUUUCGAGCAGAUGGUAUUCCUAAUGACAGUAGUGAUAGUGAAAUGGAAGACAGAACUACUGCUAAUUUGGCAGCUUUAAAACUUGAUGAGUGGCUCAAUUUCAAACUAGAGCCAGAGGCAGCCAGUUUAUUGCUGCAGCUUAGACAGAAGUGGCAUAGCUUAUUUUUACGCCGAAUGAGAGCUCCAUCCAAACCUUGGUCCCAAGUUGAUGACGCUACCAUAAGAGCAAUUAUAGCUGUUUUAAGCACUGAAGAACAGUCUGCAGGUUUACAACAACCAUCUGGGAUUGGCCAAAGGCCAAGGCCUAUGUCUUCAGAAGAACUUCCUUUGGCAUCAUCUUGGAGGUCAAAUAAUAGUAGGAAAAUUUCAGCAGAUACUGAAUUUUCUGAUGAGUCUACUACUGCAGAAAGAGUAUUGAUGAAAUCUCCAUCUCCAGCACUGCACCCACCUCAGAAGUACAAAGACAGAGGAAUUUUACAUCCUAAACGAAGCACUGAUGACAGGUCAGAUCAGUCUUCUGUGAAUACAGACAGCAAUAAUUAUCAAAGUCCUUGUGCUAGUCCUUCUCCUCCAUCCUCAGGAAAGGGCUCAAAAUCUCCUUCACCAAGACCAAACAUGCCUAUUCGAUACUUCAUAAUGAAGAGUAGCAAUCUGAGAAACCUUGAAAUUUCUCAACAGAAGGGUAUCUGGUCUACAACCUCUAGUAAUGAGAGGAAGCUAAACCGAGCCUUUUGGGAAAGCAGCAUGGUUUACUUGAUAUUUUCUGUUCAAGGAUCUGGACAUUUCCAGGGAUUUUCUAGAAUGUCUUCUGAGAUAGGAAGGGAGAAGAGUCAGGACUGGGGUUCAGCUGGACUAGGAGGAGUGUUUAAGGUGGAGUGGAUACGAAAAGAAAGUCUUCCCUUUCAGUUUGCACACCAUUUACUCAAUCCUUGGAAUGACAACAAGAAAGUCCAGAUAAGCAGAGAUGGGCAGGAACUAGAACCUCAGGUUGGUGAACAGUUGCUCCAGUUAUGGGAACGCCUUUCAUUGGGAGAAAAAACCACAACUGAUUGACAUUCAGGUUAUAACAUACUUGACUUUGAGUACUGGCAGUAUUUGUGAUCAUUAAGGAUAUCUUUCAGAUUAUUUAUCUUUUCUUUUUUUCUUCUUUUUCUUCCUCUUCUUCUUCUUCUUUUUUUUUAACCCUUCCAGACUUCUUAGCUUCAGAAGAACAUCAUGCCUACUCAUAACCACUGAAUGCACUGACUUCCAAAAACUGAAAUGGGGUUGUGUGUUAUUCUGAAUGGGCUUUUCUGGUUGAAAGUGUUGCUUUAGAACCACCAUCUUCAUAUAAAAGAGAAAAGGAUAAUUUAAUUUUUAUAGUGAUCAUAGGGAAUGAUUAUAUGUUUGUUAAUAUGUUUAUAAUUGAAUGAAAUAGAGUUAGUUUCAUUAUUUAACACAAUAGCAGUUAAACAUACUUAAUUUGAAGUUAAACAUUUCAUUUGUUUGAAACACUGACUUAGAACUCUUAUUGGUGAUUUUUUUUAAUGCAGAGUAAAUUGUUUACUUUUAAGAAAGGUCUGACUAUAUCUGUCCAUCUGAGCAACAUUUUAGAAGAGUCGACUCUAAAGAUUUAUCAUUAAAAAACAAGCAAAGAAAAGCAAAUGACCAAAAUCUAAAAAUGUCCCUUUCAAAAAUAAUGUGUGCUGAUUAAGGACUAUUCAUUGUGCCAUUUUUAACCUGAGGCACAUUAAGGAAAAAAAAAAAGAAAGGAUGUUCUUUUUUUGCAACUAUGAAAUGCAGUAAAAACUGAAGAAAGGCAGAAUUCCUCCCUGACUUUGAUCAGAUUAAGUGCUUAGUUUUAUUCCUGGUGCUACCUCUUUUAACCUGAUGUGUCCCAAACAUUCUUUUCUCCUACAUUACAGUCACACAUCUCUGAUAUAAAAACAGUGAUUAUGAUCUUUUUGUUUUGGCUAGAGAAAGUUGAUUUAGACAAGUUAAAAAUUUAAGUAAAUUAUACAAGUUGAAAAGAAAUGCUCUUAACAGUUACUGGUAGCUUGGUUUCUCUGUGUCUUCCAAACUGAAGCCUCCAAACGCCACAAUUCUAAAUGCCUUCUAUUUGUUUUCUAGUACUUUUUAUUCUACUUAUGUUUCCAGGUAAGAUUUCUCUUUGUUUGCAUUUGUGGUUUAAUAAAUGGUGGGUAACUUUUUGUAAACCCAUGUUAGUGCCAACUCUCAUAUAUUUCUUUGCCAUCUCAGAAUUAUUUGGUUUGCUCUCUUUACCACAAUUGUCUAUGAAGUUUCCUUAGACGCUUUCUGAAGAGAAAUGGAGGUACAGGGAGAAAUCAAAGAAAUGUCUUGGUUACUGAGUUCUAUCUGGUUUGAUAGCACUUCUCAUGAUGCAGUUGGGUCAUUGCCAUGUAACAAAAAACCAACAUGAAUAUGAUUUAAAGACAAAAAGAAAACUCUAAGUCCUCUUCUUCUGUAUUUGAUAACAAAGAAGUGAAAAAUCAUGGGUCAACAUAAAAUCUUGGGAACUCUUCUACUUUCUCUGGGAAAGCAUUAUAUGUUGGUGCAUUAGUUUAAAAUGUCGGCUGUGACUUUUGCCUGUAUUUGUAGGUACAGGAUUUUUGUUUGUUUUAUACUUUGAAACAUACCUGUAAAUUAAGCCUAUGUGAAUUAUGUUCCACUAUAUGUAUAUUACGCUUCUUUUCCUAUUAGAGCAAGUUGUGGUUUUCUGAUAAUGGAUACAUUUUGUUUAGGCACAUAUUUAGCAGUUCACAGUGUCCUAAUUUGGAAGUAAGAACUUCUAAAAAAUAGAAGUUGUUUUAAUUUCCAUCUGUUUUCUAAUAUAUAUCCCUGUAUGUAAAUGAUGAGUUUGUUGAUAUUUAAGAUGAACACAAUUUGAAUGUAAUUAAAAUGCUGUUUUUUGGAAGAGAUGAACUUUAAACAUACUUAUUAAAUGAAGUUCUGUUAAAUCAUUAAAA